UCGUUCCUUCGUCCGCUUCAGUAGAUUACGAGCGCAUCCUCUAUAACCCUCCACAGCGCAACGAGAGCGACGAGGAGUGGAAGAAGUGGGGGAACGACGAAGUCGGUACGCGAAGUCGAGGUGGGCAAUCACGGCUUGAAGCGUUGGAGCCGGCGGGAGGGGACACCACCGCCUCCUCGACACCGCACCGCAAGUGGAGACCCCCAAGCGCCGUCCCCCUUUCUCCACCGGCCUUCUCUUGGACAAGGAGCGCAGCCCCGCUCCCCACGGCGGUCGCGGCGCUCUCCCCUCAGCCGGUGGUAGCUCCUCCGACCUCCUCUUCCUCGCCGGCGGUGGGAGAGGACUCUCCCCCUCCUUUUCCCCUGCCCUAUUUUGGUUAAUUAGCUUAACCGUCCCCACCUCCCCCCUGUUCUCCCUUUUUCUCGUGUUACGUGAAUAACCGAUAGAGAAAGGAAGAUGCUAACUAUUAAGAGAGUCCCGACCGUGCUCUCAAACUAUCAGGAAGAUUCCGGCGAGCCCCGCGGCUGCGACCGAAACUGCCUCAGCAAGUGCUGCUUGGCAGUCUCCAAGCUUCCGCUUUAUGCCUUCGAGAGCGACGCGAGGCCCAAAAUUUCUUCCCCUGGUGACGACGAACCACCGUCCGACUUCUUCCUCAACACCCUUUUGCUGGGACAGUGGGAGGAUUGGAUGAGCCGUGGGCUGUUCCGGUACGACGUGAUGGCAUGCGAGACUAAGGUGAUCCCUGGGGAGUAUGGCUUCGUUGCGCAGCUGAACGAAGGCCGCCACCUCAAGAAGAGGCCGACUGAGUUCCGCGUCGACCGCGUCCUCCAGCCUUUUGAUCGUGCGAAGUUUAACUUCACCAAGGUCGGCCAGGAGGAGGUCCUGUUCCGCUUCGAGCCCGGGGAAAGUGGCAGUGGCCGCUUAUUAGAGGAUGAUGCAGUUGGUGACGCCAACGCCCCCAAUGUUGUUGCAAUCAAUGUGAGCCCCAUUGAGUAUGGUCAUGUGCUGCUGAUUCCCCGCGUGCUCGACUGCUUGCCUCAGAGGAUUGACCCUGAUAGUUUCUUGCUCGCCCUUCAUAUGGCAGCGGAAGCAGGGAGCCCUUACUUUAGGCUCGGGUACAACAGCUUGGGUGCCUUUGCCACCAUCAAUCAUCUGCAUUUCCAGGCUUAUUUCUUAUCCAUGCCCUUUCCUGUGGAGAAAAAUUCCACUCAAAGGAUUCCAAUUGUUGGAGGUCUGUCCCAUAAUGGAGUGAAGGUCUCACGAUUGCUGAAUUAUCCCGUGAGGGGUCUUGUUUAUGAGGGAGGAAAUACUUUGAAGGACUUAUCCGAUGUAGUUGCCAACUCCUGCAUCUGUCUCCAAGAGAACAAUAUCCCAUUUAAUGUUCUUAUAUCUGACUCUGGCCGGAGGAUCUUCCUCUUUCCCCAGUGUUAUGCUGAGAAACAGGCACUGGGUGAAGUGGGCCAGGACCUUUUAGAUACUCAAGUGAAUCCAGCUGUGUGGGAGAUCAGUGGGCACAUAGUCCUGAAGCGGAAGAAAGAUUACGAUGAGGCAUCAGAGCACUAUGCAUGGAGGCUCUUGGCUGAGGUCUCCCUCUCGGAGGCAAGGUUUGAAGAAGUGAAAGUGUACAUCUUUGAGGCCACUGGUCUGGUGGAGUCUGAGAAGGAAAAGAUGGAGCCAGGAGAUGACAGAGGAGCCCCAUUUCAAUCCCCAUCCCCAGUGGGCACUGCUUCUCCUCACCUGAAGGUUGCCUGAUUCUUCUGAAUUGCCUACUGAUUUGCUUCUGCCUACCUACCAAGAAGAAUGAGAGCACCAAAGUUCUGUCUUCCGUGUGUUUGUGUUGUGUAACACUGGGUCUUUUGACAAGGCAAGUGUGGUUCUCAUGUAGCUUUGAACCCACUGCUGAUUCAAGACUUCCAUUGUCCACUGAUAUUUAUGAACAGUAAUGACAGCAACUUUCUCCUUAUGCUUGUUCUUCA